ACACUUGAGACGCACACAAUCCAGUGCCAGCACGUACGGUAUCUUUCAGGUUCAUCGGUUCUGAUAUCUUUUCCUCCUCCUACCGGUACUACUGGCAGGUACUGUAGCUAGAGCUCUAGGCUAGCUAGCUAGAGCUAGAGUAUUUCAGUCUCACUAUUAUACUUUGUCCCCUCAGCUUGUUGCACUACCUUUACUAGCUUUGCCACUCCGCAACCAUGGCUGCUUCUACAGCAACAACCUUUACCAUUCCCGAGACCAUGAAGCGUCUGGUCGUGACAUCGUUUGGUGCCACAGUCAAGGAGAGCAAGAUUGAGAUCCAAACGGAUGUUCCGGUUCCCAAACCAGCAUCGGAUGAAAUCUUGAUCAAAAUGGUGGCGGCCGCCGUCAAUCCAUCGGAUUAUGGUAAAUGGAAGGGCAGCAACAACAACAGUGACGAACCGCUUGCCAUGGGAUUGGAAGGCAGUGGAAUUGUCGUAGCGACAGGAGGUGGUCUCAUGACCAAGAGGGUCAAAAUUGGAGACAAAGUCGCCGUGGUGGGACCCACCAAGAAGCAAGGAACCUACAGUGAGUACAUUGUCAUGGCCGCUACCGAAGGCAUCUUUUCACUGGGUGACAAAAUUCCAGUAGAAGAUGCGGCAUCCUACUUUGUCAAUCCGUUCACGGCCAUUGCCAUUCUCGAUACUGCCAAAAAUGCGGGUGCCAAGGCAUUGGUCCAUACGGCAGCGGCCAGUCAACUGGGACAAAUGAUGGUAAAAUUGACCAAAUCCGAAGGAGCAAACGCUAUGAAAAUCAUCAAUGUCGUACGAAGAGAGGAACAGGCCACCCUGUUGAAAGAAUUGGGGGCGGAACAUGUUGUUGUUACCAGCGAAGACAAUUGGAAAGAAACACUCAAAGCCAAAGUAGAGGAAUUGCAGGCCACCGUUGCCUUUGAUGCCGUCGCGGGAGAACAAGCGGGUGAUAUCUUGACGGCAUUGCCGAAAAAGGGAACGCUCUUUAUCUAUGGAGCACUGGGAGGAACCGUCAGUGGGAUUGAUCCAAUCCAACUCAUUUAUCAAGAAAAACAAGUCAAGGGUUUUUUGCUCACUCCGUGGGUCAAAGCGGGGGGGUUGCUCAUGAGUGUGCCCCGCAUGGUGGUUGCGGGACGAAAAGUCAAUGCCGGUUUAUUAACCAAUGGAGGAUGGAGUAGUUCGCAAUUCAAAGAUACGACAAUGGAGAAACUGCAAAGCGAUGUGGUGGAACUGCUCGAGAAUAAGGCCACGGGGCAAAAGAUGAGACUGCGCAUGGAUGUUGUUUAGCUACCGUAGCUGACUUGCCAGCCAGCAACCGGAUCGUCCAAAAUACUGCUAGCAAACCAAACCACACGCCUAAUAAAAAAGGGACCACUUAUGCCAAUGCGUGGCGAUCAAAGCUCAGCAUUUCCCAAAGGAGCUUGUCCAAUCAGUUGGAAAGCUUCUUGUAGGUAGUAGAAGCAAUUGGGACGGUUUACAUAGAGGCUCGACCCAGCUUGGGGAACGCUAUCCGUAAACGCUAUCUGUACAGGUAUAAAGUCGGUUUUGGUCCAUCGCUUUGAGACAUCAGCGAUACUAUAGCAAAAACAGUACAAUAUCGGAAACCUUCUGUCUCACUCUCUAUUUUCUGAGUUAACGGGACUCAAUAAUGGACCAAAAUAUUUAACUAUCUGACAAAAAGUAUAACGAAAAUGAAAUACAC